AUGAGCUCUUCGGAAGUGCCGACCAAUGUCCAGGUGGCGAUCAGGGUGCGCCCGCUUAUGGAGCGCGAGCUAAAAAAGAAUCAGAAGAGCCAGUGGACGCUCGUGGACAAAAUCAUCAACAGCAAGAAGCGCAAAAACUACAGUUUUCAAUUUGAUCAUGUGUUUGACCCACGAGAGAAGAACGUCGACGUCUUCCAAAGCGUCGUCCGGCCAGUCGUCGACGCCACGGUCAAGGGCUUCCAUGGCACUGUUUUUGCGUACGGACAGGCCAGUUCGGGAAAAACACACACAAUGCUGGGCACCCUAGACGAACCUGGAAUGAUUUCGAUGGCUGUUGAGCGAUUGUUCGACGUCUCCAGCGAGUACAGUGACAGGGAAUACAUUUUCCAUGUUUCUUACUUUGAGAUCUACAACGAGAAGAUCAACGAUCUGCUCGAUGCCAAAAGGGUGAACCUCGAACUCCGGGAUAAUCAUCAUGAUCUGGUGCAAGUGUGCGCCCUCACGGAGAAGAUUGUCACGAGUCCAGAACUUGUUAUUGACACUAUUAAAACCGCAAACGAGAACCGCAAAGUCACCAAAACCAGCAUGAGUCACAGGAGUAAUAAUGGCAGUCAUGUAAUAUUCAGGGUAACUAUAAAGAGUUGGAAACAAAGCAAUGAUCCCGAAUUUCAAAUAUCCCAGUUGAAUUUGGUAGAUCUUGCAGAUCCCGGAGGGAAACAAGACUUUUCAAUACCAACUUUUGAACUUGUAAUCAAACAACUCAGUGAAUUUUCAGGCAACAACGUUAAGUAUGUCAAUUUUGGAGGUAGUAAAUUAACGAGGUUGUUCAAGGCUUCGUUGGGAGACUUGGCAUUGACAGCAAAAAGUGUAAAAAACAAACCAAAAUUGAACAAAGUUGCUUCAAAUUCUGCAGUGGAGCUUGAAAAAUGUUACAAGAAAUUAGAAAAAUUAAAUCACGAAAAACAAGUUUUAUUGAACAACAUGUUAAUGGAAAAGAAUGAGUUGGAAAAAAACGAUAUAACACCAACAAAAAACGAAAAUUCCUCCAAAGUUUUCAUGAACGAAAAACAAAUUACAUGGCUUGUUAAUACAGGACAAGAUCCCACAUAUGAAAACUUACGUGAUACAUUUAGUAAAAUGAAAAAUAUACCAAGUAGCAAUGGAAAUAUUAAAGCCAAUACAAUCGAAAGCACCCUUGAAAAAAAUGAGAGUUCAGAUGAUGAAUCACUAACUGAUUUUGAAGAAGAAGUACCUAUAUUGAAAAAAGAACCUCAAGAAUCAAGUGCUACAUUUUCAGGUGAUGUAAGACAUCAUGAAAGCAAAGUGACACUUGAAAAUCAGGAAUCAUGUUCUGGUUUAUCGAAAGCUACUUUGAGAGAAAUUAAAUCUAAAGAAUUUACUACUUCUGAAUCAAAUAAUUCUGCUUUAAUCUCACUGCAACGUGAAAUUGAUGAUUUGAUACAGAAACUACAGAUGAUUAAAGCAGAAUCUACCAAUAAAAAGACUCCUAAACGUGAAAGUUAUAACUUUUAUCAACAUCAAGUCGAAUUUUAUAAAAAUAAUGACAAUCCAUUUCUUAAAUUAGAGUUCUCACUUCAGUAA